AUGACUCGACGAUCUUCCCGCUAUGGCCAACAAAGAGACCAAGUCCCGGCCUGGGCCAAGAGCACUCCCUCACAUCCUCCAUCACUCCCCCAUCCAGGAGGAGCCAUGGCACUCUGGGCUUACCUUGACGUCCACUGGAACGAGACGAGGCUAAGCUUUGACCACACGGCCAGACAAGGAGCAAUCCCUCGUUUUAAUCAUAGAUAUUGGGUGAAGUCGGCGCAGCUCUUCUCUUAUUGGAAGUCACAAAGGGUUUUAGACAAUUUGAGCAGGGAUGAAGAAAAGGAACCCGAACCUAGGGUUGACAACCAUAACCAGGGUUUUCAAAACCAUUCUCGUCCAAAAUAUUUUGACAGUAUUGACACGGACUUGCGGCCAUGGAAAGAUGGCGGGAUCACGAAAUCGAGCUUGAGUGCCGCAAGGAGGAAAGGCUCAAUGCGGAUGGUGAUUUCUCAAGGAAAGCUCUAUAUAGAGGUGUACGGAAAGUGCCCACAAAGCCGCAGCAUCUUCACAGCAUGGGGACUUUUACUGUUGCUAGAAAGGUUUCCUGGAAAGGUCCCUGACGUUGAUUUUGUGCUCAACUGCAAAGACCGCCCAGAAUAUUUAGCUAUUGUGUGCAGGCCAGAGGUGGAUAUCCCUCCGUGGGAGGAACAAUCUCAGCAGAUCACCGCUGGCUCUCGGGAGGUGAAAUGGAGCGAGAGAAGGCCGGCUGCAUUUUGGAAGGGAAACUCUCGGAUGGGAAAGCUGCGGAGGCAUCUUCUUCAGUGCCAAUCUCUGGAAACGGAAAUCCUUGACCAGGAUUGGAUAUCUGAAUCGAGAGCUGGAUUCCCAAAUUCAAGGUUGUCACAACAAUGCAAAGAUAGGUUUAAUAUUUACGUGGAAGGGGCCGCAUGGUCAGCGAGCCUGAAAUACCGGAUGGCAUGCGGUUCCACCAUGUUGAACGUAGAAUCCAAGUACAGAGAAUUUUUCAGUGCUGGACUAAUACCAAACUUGACUCAUCUGGCCAUAAGCGCAAACCCAGAUACGAUGUGUCAAGAGAUACAAGCGGCAGUCAAGUGGGGAAACUCUCAUCCACUUGAGGCUGAAGCGAUAGGCAGGCAUGGGCAGGACUUUAUAACCAAGGAGUUGACAAUGGACCACGUCUACAGAUAUAUGCUUGAGCUUAUAUCACAGUAUGCAAAGCUGCAGAGGUUCACUCCCACAAUACCUCAUGGAGCUCAGAUCUUGUGUAAAGAUGCAAUCAAGCACUUGACUCAUACUGCAACUAAUUUUUAG